AUGGCCAAUAGGAACAGGGAGCGGGGUCCCGGACUGUAAGAAACGACGACUGGGAGGGGGCUACGGGACCAUGGGGCUUCUGACCAUACUGAAGAAGAUGAAGCAGAAAGAGCGGGAGCUGCGACUGCUUAUGCUCGGCCUGGACAAUGCCGGCAAGACAACUAUCCUCAAGAAGUUCAAUGGGGAAGAUGUGGACACCAUCUCCCCGACUCUGGGCUUCAACAUCAAGACACUGGAGCACCGGGGAUUCAAGCUGAACGUCUGGGAUGUCGGUGGCCAGAAGUCCCUACGCUCCUACUGGCGCAACUACUUUGAGAGCACUGACGGCCUCAUCUGGGUGGUGGACAGCGCGGACCGCCAGCGCAUGCAGGACUGUCAGCGCGAGCUCCAGAGCCUGCUGGUGGAGGAGCGCCUGGCCGGAGCGACCCUUCUCAUCUUUGCCAACAAGCAGGACCUGCCUGGAGCGCUGUCCUCGAACGCCAUUCGCGAGGCCCUGGAGCUGGACGCCAUCCGCAGCCACCACUGGUCCAUCCAGGGCUGCAGCGCCGUCACCGGGGAGAACCUGCUGCCCGGCAUCGACUGGCUCCUGGAUGACAUCUCCAGUCGCAUCUUCACAGCCGACUGAACCACCUGGAUGUCCCCACUCGCGGUCCAGGCCCCAGCCCCCCCAGCUGCCACCGUGCGGAGCGGAGUCAGCCCGCCUAACACGCCGCCCUCCCGGAACCUGCUGCUGCUACUGCCCGCUGCUGCUCUCCCACGGCAGGAGGCUGCACCCUCCAGGCACCCUGGCUCCCCACCCAGCCUCCAGCUGCCACACCAAGAAGAGGGGCCUGGGCCGGCAGGGGCAGCCUCUGCUGCUCUGGAGGCCCUGGGCCUCAUCUUGGGCUCAGCUGUGAGAAUAAAGCACUCCUGUCCAGCUGC